AUGGGAAGAUCACCAUGUUGUGAAAAAGUUGGUUUAAAGAAAGGGCCUUGGACACCAGAGGAAGAUCAAAAACUUUUAUCUUACAUUGAAGAACAUGGUCAUGGAAGCUGGCGUGUUCUUCCUAUAAAAGCUGGACUUGAGAGGUGUGGGAAGAGUUGUAGGUUGAGAUGGACUAAUUAUCUUAGGCCUGAUAUUAAGAGAGGGAAGUUUAGUUUGCAAGAAGAGCAAACUAUUAUUCAACUCCAUGCACUUUUAGGGAACAGGUGGUCAUCAAUAGCCACACAUUUACCUAAGAGAACAGAUAAUGAAAUCAAGAACUAUUGGAACACACAUCUUAAGAAAAGGUUAACAAAAAUGGGAAUUGAUCCUAUUACGCACAAGCCAAAAAAUGAAACUCUUUUCUCCGAUAAUCAUUCCAAGAAUGCAGCAAAUCUUAGUCACAUGGCUCAAUGGGAAAGUGCAAGACUUGAAGCUGAAGCAAGAUUGGUUAGAGAAUCAAAGCUACGUUCACAAUACUCAUUGCAACAACAACAACAUCAACAUGGAAGUAAUAAUAACUCGGUUUUUCCGUCACAAUCUUCGUCAUCGACUUCAUCGUCUUCGAUUCAAGUACUUGAUGUUAAAGAAGAAGGGGAGAAAGAGUGGAAAGGCUAUGAAGAUUCAACACAUUUGUUAGAAUUCAAGGAUCUCAUUGAGGGUUCAUCAAUGGCUUUUAGUUCUACCAUGCAACAUGAUAUGUCUAUGAUCAAUGUUGCUGAGGACGGUUUCACUAAUCUCUUGCUCGAUAAUUCUAACUCCGAUGACCCGAGUUUGUCACCAGAGAGUGGCGGAGAGUGUAAUACUUGCGACGGAAAUGGUGGCGACGGUGGGAGUGAUUUCUACGAAGAUAACAAAAAUUACUGGAACAAUAUUCUUAAUUUAGUGGAUUCUUCGCCUUCUGAUCCGUUGUUCUAA